UCAGGCAAAAUCCUCUUCCUAUGUCAAAAUAAGCUUUUGGCAAGCCUUUCGACUUGUGACAAUUCAAAAAAGACUGCCAAGUUGCUGAAGAUGGCAUUUGGUGAGCGACAGUCGAAGAAACUUGGAAAAGAUUUUGAACAUUUCUUAAAGAAAACUUUGAAAACCUUACAUAAGGAGAAAAAG